UGCUUGAUUGAUUUUGUGGUCCAUGGCUCAGUAAUUUUCAUGACUAGCAUUGAUUUAGCUUCUCACGUAAGUGGUAGAGUUGCCAGAAAUUGAUAACCACAAGUUGUAUUUAGUAGAAGAAGCCAACGAUUUGAAGUCUUACAGUCAAACGAAUGAAGGCUGUUUGAUAAAUGCAGAGGAAAAACUUUUUUUUUUCUGGAUUUAUGUUCAGUAAUUAAUUUUGAUUUCUCGUUUUUGGUGAAAAACGUCUACUAAGCCUUUAUCUCUGAAACAGCCUGUUUUAGGAAUGAAAUGUUUGGAAUUCAUACUUUUACCUUGAGGGUAAAGUUUAUCAUGUGAAGAAUGUCCAGACGUACAGUAUGAACCGCCAUGUCAGAAGAUCGCUGUGUGCGUGACAGUCCUUAAGAACCAAUUUUGCCACUGGGGCGGGUCUGACUCCAGACUUAUGUAACACGGUGCGAAUAUAAGUGAGGGACAGUCUGCUGAUCGUUGCACAGACCACACUGGGCAUCUCCAAGAGACUUCUCUUGUAAGGAAGCAGCAGUUGGUUGCAGCAGUCUCUCAGAGAUCUGAAACCUCUCAUCAACAUGUCUGGAUCUGGAACUUGCACGUCCAUCAUCAACUUGCGUUACCAGGAUGGCAGUGAGGGAAGCUCAUCUAACCCUGCCAAGUACGACAACCAAGACUAUGCGCAGCUGAAAGCUAACAGCCUCCGCAGAGGCAGGCUGUUUGUGGACAGAACCUUCCCACCUGACAACCGAUCUCUGGGAGACCUGCCUGAUAUGAGCAGCUGGAGAGAGGACCAAGUGGAAUGGCUUCGACCAUCAGACAUCCUGAAAGCACAAGGCAAUGACAGCGAGCCUGUCUUCUGCGUGAGAGGAGCCUCACGGUUUGACUUCGGUCAGGGCAGUGUGGGUAACUGCUGGUUUCUGGCUGCAAUUUCUGCACUGACAUUCCAGAAAGGCCUGAUGGUGCAAGUUGUACCCAUGGACCAGUCCUUCAAGGACUAUGCAGGAAUAUUUCACUUCAGGUUCUGGAGGUAUGGCAAGUGGGUGGAUGUUGUCAUUGAUGACUACCUGCCAACACUCAACAAGCAGCUGCUCUCUGUGCGCUCCAAAGGUGGAAAUGAGUUUUGGGCUCCUCUGAUGGAGAAAGCAUAUGCCAAGGUGUGUGGCUCAUACGCAGAAAUGAAUGCCGGGUUACCAUCAGAGGCCUGCAAGGAUUUCUGUGGAGGCGUGCACAUGACCUACCCACUCAGGCAGAUCCAUGAUUCUUCCCAUGAUAAGGAGCUGUGGCUCUCACUGAGCAGAGCCACUGGCUGCAAGUCAAUGAUUUGCUGUGGUACAGCACCGAAAGGGGAUAGGAUUGUGAACACCGUGGCACACACCGGAUUGGUGGAUUCACAUGCUUACUCUGUCACAGCAGUCACUGAGGUGGAGUAUUAUGGCUCCAAAGUGAAGCUGGUGAGAAUCAUGAACCCUUGGGGCAGGCAGGAGUGGAACGGAAAAUGGAGCGACAAGUCAGAUAUGUGGAGCAGAAUAAGCCCAGACGAUCGGGCCAAGUGUACUGACCGCGAGGAUGGAGAGUUCUGGAUGGAGUUGGAGGACUUCUGUCAGUACUUCAACAUGUUGAGCGUCUGCUGUGAGAACCCUAACUUUUUGGAUGGGGACUUCACCUGCCAGUGGAAGUGCAUGAUUUACGACGGCAGCUGGAUAUCCGGCAAAUCUGCAGGUGGCAACGUCAGCUACUCCUCCUUUCGGACGAAUCCUCAGUUCCGCAUCCAGGUGACCAAAAUAGACAGGGAUGAGGAGAAAGACAACAACAUCUUGAUUUCUCUGAUGCAGAAACCUCGAGAAGAGAAUCGCAGAGACGCAAAGCAAAGACAUCACCCAAUUGGCAUUACCGUCUUCAAGGUUCCACCAGGGACACCAUCAGGACGUCUGGGUCGCUCCUUCUUUGACAAAAACAGGCCUAUUAAGCGUAAGCAAAUGUACAGCUACGAAAGGGAUCUGAUUGAGAAGCACAGUCUGGAACUUGGGGAAUACGUGAUCGUCCCCUCCACCAUGAAACCCUACCAGACUGCAGACUUUGUUCUCACCGUCUUCUCCAAGGCCGAAAGUAAAAUCACUCCCCAUCAUGGAGGUGAUGAUGAUGAUGAUGAUGAUGAUGACCAUGACCAUGACCAUGACCAUGACGGGGAUCUUCCUGAGCCGCCAUCUGAUGACGACGACGAUGACACAACCAGGGACCCCACCCGUACCCUGUUCAAACGCUACGCUGACCAGAGGGGUCAGCUGACUGCCAGACAGCUCAAGAGGCUCCUGAAUGACAACUUCCCUCAUGGAACCUCCUAUGGCUUCGGUACGGACACCUGCAGAAGCAUGAUUGCUAUGAUGGAUACUGACCGAAACAUGAGGAUGGGCUUUGCUGAGUUCUCAAAACUCUGGACCAAGAUGGAUGAAUUCAAGAAACUCUUCCAUCGCUCAGAUUUGAACAGCAGCGGAGCCCUGUCUGACUACGAGGUCCAGAAGGCAAUUGAAGCUAAAGGACUGGACAUGAAUGAUUUAACGGUGAGGCUGAUGAUUUACCGGUACUCAGGCUACUCAUACACCACCUUGGAGGACUUCAUUACUCUCAUGCUGCGCAUGGAGAAUAGAUCGGAUCUUUUCAAGAGCACCUCAUCCGAUGGAAUGAUCCACAUGACCUGGGAAGAGUGGUCCAGCAGCACAUUGUACAACUAGACCAGAGUUGACAGCAGAGGAGACACAGAAGAGAUUACUGCAAUCAAACAUUGGUUUUACUAGUAACACAAACCCUGUGAAGCAGUAAUACAUCUCUGUGAUCAAACUGUUGUUUUGGAAUAAAUGUUGUUAGCUUGUCACUCUGAAUAAUGAGGUGGGAAAAA